AUGUAUGACCCGUCUGCGGCGAUCACAGAGGUACAUACGGAUGCUAGCAGUAAAGCACUUUCGGGAAUACUGCUACAAGGAACCAAGACCGCUGAUCUACACAUGGUGUAUGCUGUCAGCAAUAAGACGACUGGGGCUGAGUCACGGUACCACUCGUCUCGCUUAGAAUUGUACGCAAUCAUCUGGACGAUAAGUCGGUUACGCCCGUACCUGAUAGGUACACGUUUUUCUGUGGUGACAGACUGCCAAGCUUUGACAUAUUUGAACCUCCACAAGUCAACAAAACCACAAAUAGCACGAUGGUAUGAAGUUCUACAAGAAUAUGACUUUGAUAUAAAGUACCGUCCAGGAUCAAAAAUGGCACACGUAGAUGCACUUAGUCGUGCGGUCGCCGACGACGAUACAGUGACGGAAUCAGUUGAUAUUGAACUCGCUCAACGAGCAUGUGUUUUCGUCGCCAUGUCGGUUCAUAACAGAGUCAGGUUCAUGCAGCAAGGCGACCCGGUGACCAGAGAACAAAUACAUCAGCUUGAGCAAAUAGGACCAAAAACAAAACAGGUAUCAGGUGACUUAAAACAUUAUGAAGUAAUUAAUGCCUAA